UAAUUACGCAGAAGCUUCUUCGUGUACACACACACACGGCAUGGUGGUGGGGACUGUUGUCAGCGUCUUUGACCCUUCUUUCUUACUUCAAAGUUCACCAAGUCUUGUGAACUCAACCCCUGUCCCUCCCUCCUUCCCUUUUCCAAUUUCAUUUUCAUCUCAAACCUCACUUUCUCAUCACAGAUUUCACAAUUUUCCUACAUAAAAAUACAAUAAUGACAAUAAGUAGAAAUUUCUCACCAAAAGUAAUACAAAAUUCAUUGACUUGCCUCCCCAGUCUUCCCCCAACUUAUCGUAAUUUUAAGGCUUUUUUUUUUUUUUUUUUUUUCAUACUUGGGUACCCCUCCAUCUCUGUCUCAAUUCUCUUGCUGCCUGCAGCAGUUUUAUUUGAAAUUGAUGACCCCCCACGUAAGGUUCUAGCUUCCAAAAUAAGAACUCACAGAAGAACCAGCAUUUGGUUAUGGGUAUAAUGCAGAUCAACCAGUACUUUAGAGGGGUUAUUCAAGUGCAUGUGCAUGAUUGAGGAGGAUGGUCAGCAUGGAGCGAGUGAUUUCAUCUUUCAUGCUUUUGUUUCGUCUUUGGGCAAUUUUUUUGCUUCACUUGGUGCUCAAGGUUUCUGGCAAUUCAGAAGGUGAUGCCUUGUUUGCAUUGAAGAACAGUAUGAGUGAUCCUAACGAAGUUCUUCAAAGUUGGGAUUCUACCCUUGUCACUCCUUGCACAUGGUUUCAUGUUACUUGCAACACUGAAAAUAGCGUAACUCGUGUUGAUCUUGGAAAUGCAAACCUUUCCGGUGAACUUGUUUCGCAACUUGGUCAACUCCCAAAUUUGCAAUACUUGGAACUUUAUAGUAAUAAUAUAACUGGGAAAAUCCCAGAUGAGCUUGGAAGUUUGGCAAACUUGGUGAGCUUGGAUCUUUACGUGAACAACAUUACUGGUUCCAUUCCAGACAGCUUGGCCAACCUUAAAAAACUACGCUUCCUGCGUCUCAACAAUAACAGUUUGUCAGGAAAAAUUCCUAUGCGUUUGACCACUGUUACUACACUGCAAGUGCUUGAUUUAUCGAACAACAACUUAACUGGAGAUGUCCCAACAAAUGGUUCUUUUUCAUUCUUUACUCCCAUUAGUUUUAAGAAUAAUAUUUUAUUGAAUCAAACUGCUCCAACUCCAUCAGCUCCUACACCACCACAAAAUCAUUCAGGUAAUGGUAAUAGAGCUAUUGGAGCCAUUGCUGGAGGAGUUGCUGUGGGUGCUGCACUAUUAUUUGCAGCCCCUUUAAUUGCACUUGUUUAUUGGAAAAGAAGGAAGCCACAAAAUUAUUUCUUUGAUGUUGCAGCUGAGGAGGAUCCUGAAGUUCACCUUGGUCAGCUUAAAAAGUUUUCACUGCGUGAACUGCAAGUUGCAACAGAUAGCUUUAAUAACAAAAACAUUCUUGGUAGAGGAGGAUUUGGCAAGGUUUAUAAGGGACGCUUAACAAAUGGUGAGCUUGUAGCUGUAAAAAGGCUUAAAGAAGAACGCACCCAGGGUGGGGAGAUGCAAUUUCAAACUGAGGUGGAAAUGAUCAGUAUGGCUGUGCAUCGAAAUUUGCUUCGCCUGCAUGGUUUUUGUAUGACACCUACUGAACGCUUGCUUGUGUAUCCUUUCAUGGUUAAUGGAAGUGUGGCUUCAUGCUUACGAGACCGUCCGGAAUCAAAAGCACCACUUGAAUGGCCAACACGAAAGCGUAUUGCCCUGGGAGCUGCUAGGGGGCUUUCUUAUUUGCAUGAUCAUUGUGACCCAAAGAUCAUUCAUCGUGAUGUCAAAGCUGCAAAUAUAUUGUUGGAUGAGGACUUUGAAGCAAUAGUUGGAGAUUUUGGUUUAGCAAAGCUCAUGAAUUACAAAGAUACUCAUGUUACUACUGCUGUACGUGGUACUAUUGGCCAUAUAGCCCCAGAGUACCUCUCAACUGGAAAGUCCUCAGAGAAGACGGAUGUUUUUGGAUAUGGUGUGAUGCUUCUUGAACUAAUAACCGGACAAAGGGCUUUUGAUUUAGCACGACUUGCCAAUGAUGAUGAUGUUAUGUUGCUUGAUUGGGUGAAAGUACUUCUUAAAGAGAAGAGGUUGGAAACACUGGUGGAUGCAGAUUUAGAGGGGAAUUUUGAGGAGGGGGAAGUAGAAGAGGUAAUCCAGGUGGCUUUGCUCUGCACACAAAGCUCCCCUUCGGAAAGACCCAAGAUGUCUGAGGUGGUGAGAAUGCUAGAAGGUGAAGGUUUGGCAGAAAAGUGGAAUAAAUGGUGGCAGAAAGAGGAUAUGAUCAAGCAAAAUUUCGAUCCCAACAAUUUCCACACCACUUAUUGGCCACUAUUAGACUCAACUUCAAAUGUUCCACCAGAUGAACUAUCAGGUCCUAGAUGAUCUUUGAACAGAAAGAAAUUUUUAAAUAAUGAAACGUUUAGCAUAGGGAGAGACGCCUUGUGGAAACAAAAAGUUUCUGUCAAAGCUUCAUAAUGUUGGUUUAAUGCACCGCAUAAUUAGUGUAACAUGCAGUGAAGGGUGCAUAAGAAGCACUUUGAUGACAAAUUAAAACAGCUUGUGUCUGGAUAUUUCUAAGUCUUUGACCACUGUUACUUCACUGCAUGUUCGAUGAGUGUUACUACUACAUUUUAAAUAGAUUUUCCAUGAACUAUGUAGAUGGGUUAUAGUAUAGUUUCAUAAUUUUUUUUUUUUUUAUGUGUAAACUGACACAAGCCAUUGUGGAUUGUGGAAUUUAGUGAUUUAUGAUACAACUAGUUAAACGGAGAA